AUGAUGGACAGAGUCUUCUCUCGUGACUACGACCCCGUUGCCAAAUCGGAUGCCGAUGGUGACAGCGAUGCCACUAUCACAAGCAGACCACCCCGGCGAGGCAUUCAACAGUUUUUGAAAAGAAACCUCGCUGCAAUCACCAUCACCGGCCUGCUCGUGAUCCUGCUACUCCUGGCGAUCGCCGUGAUCACAGCCAUCGCCGUGGAACCCUUCCGCAAAGUCCUUGUCGUAAAAGCUCCACGAGUAAGAUACUCGUGCGGCAACUCAACCAAGGAGGCCGAAGCCCUCGGCUGCGCCUACGAUCCUCUUGCCGGCUGCUGGCUGCACAAAGAAUGUCCGCAUGACUUCACGGAUGAGUUUGCGCAUUUCAACAACGGAAAGCCGUUUGUCUAUUUCUAUGAUGAGGCCGCCACACAGCAGAUGAAGGACUACACUGAACUCGGCAAUAACCCGGACUUCUACUGGACUGCUGUCCGUGAGCAUCUGGUUCAUUGUCUGUAUCUUCUUCGACGAGGCCAUUGA